AUGGUGGUGCUGCACGUGAGGUGGACGAUCCCCUCCCCAUCGCCGUCGCCGUCGCCGGAGGAGGAGGAGACGGAGUUCCUGCACGAGUGCGCCGCCACGGCCGCCGUCGCGGACGUGGCGGCCGCGCUCGCGGGCACCGCCGAGCUCCAGGCCCGCGUCCUCUCCCUCUGCCGCCGCCUCCGAGAGCGGUGCGCGGACGCGCCUGCGGCAUACGGGGAGCUCGAGAGGGCUCUGUCGGAGGCCGAGGCCUACGCAUCAAAGGUACAAGUUCGGCAUAAAAAAUUCUUGUCCCCUCGUGCUCUAAGAGAACAUAUCAAGAAUAUUGAAAAAGCAGCUGCUAAUGCUCUCGAAGAGUCCUCAGAGGCAUUGUGUCUGCAACAUCCAAAAUCAGAUGAAAAGCAUGAUACCAUACAACUUUGGUGGGCUGGAAAAGAGCUAGCUAUGGACAAGAAGCUAUCUGACUAUAUUGGUACUAAUGACAAAACAAAGAUUGUCAUCAGGCUAAGCCUACCCAAUGAAGCUUGAGCGUGUUUGUACCUGUUGUUGAUCUUUCAUAGUUAAUUUUCCUUUUGAGUAGUAUAUGCAUUUAUGCAAAUUUAUCUGUAUGCGAAGUGUUCUUAGUUUUCGUUAGAAAACAAGCGAAGCAUCCUCUUCAGCUGUAAUAUUAACAUACCAAGUACCAAUUAUACCCUGUAUCAACAGCUUGAAACCAUGACAGUAUGAUCAUUGGGGGCGCCAAGUGGUGAGCUAGACACUUGAGCAUGAUUGUCAAAUUGGUUGUUGUACUCAAAAUGUGAUUCGAUUUUGUCAA